AUGUAUGUCAAAAUAUAUUUUGUACCCAUUUUAUAUACACGUGAGCGGUCCGAAGCACUCAGCGGACGGUUAUCAAAGUCAGCUUCGGAGUUAUCAUGUUCGUCACCAAUACAAGCAGUUCCACCGCGUGCGAGGUCCGCUCAUCAUCACACUCCGCUGUCAGUAGUACAUAGGACACAGCACUUCUUUCACAAUUUGAAGAGUCGCUGGCAACGAAGCAGGAGUAGAGAGAGGUGUCCAGCAGGUACAAUACUAUCACUGGCGCCAGGACAAGACAGUAGCGGCACUGAGUACGCUGACCACAGUUCAGAACAAAGCACGCCGGCUAAUUCACCGAGACGAAGAUUGACCAAAGGUUAG